UACUUCUUCUUAAGGGUCCUCAUAUUUUGUGCUUCCAAGUGGAUGUAUGCUGCAAAACAGUGAAAAUGCUAAUGGCCAAUCUCUGGAAGAAGAUUCCGCAUGGGAAGCUUUGCUGAAUUUUUUCUUUCCAACAACUUGCAUUCUGAGGGAAAAUCAGAUGGCAAAGCCUUGUAAUGAGCUGCAAGAUCUUAAUGAGAGUGAAUGUCUGAGCUACAAAUGCUGUUUUUCAUCAUUGGGGACCACGAGCUUCAAAUGUUUUGCUCCAUUAAGAGAUGAGCCUAAACAGAUGAUGCGAAUGUUUGGGCUUGGUGCAAUCAGCCUGAUCAUCCUGGUAUAUCUGCCCAUUUAUUGCUGCUCUCUUUUCUGGAGAAGAGAAUGGGCCAAAUACUUACGAAGGGAGGACAACAGAGUUGUAAUGGGUUUGAAGAAACAAAGAAGGAAGCGAAAGAGGAAGUCUAAAAUGUUACAGAAAGCAGCAAGAGGAGGUGAGGAACAUGGUGAAGAGUAGCAAGAGACCAAAGUAACAGAAGAUGACGUACUGGCAAACUGAAAAUACCAUUAUUUUCCCCUCAAGACAACAGAAGCCAUUCAGAGCAGAGGGGACUGUCUCAGCCAUCCAAACCUCAUGGAGCAUUUUGGAAAGUAAAAAAUUGGUUCUUAUUUUUGUCAUGUUUACUUUCAAACAUGAAAUAAAAUUGAGUUCUGUUUUCGUGCAUCAAA